GCGAAAGGUCACGUGACCUUUUGUAUCGAUUGACAUUGGAGUGGACGUGCUGGCGCGUCCACUCCAAUGUCAAUCGAUGCUGGGUCGAUGACUUACUUGUCCUGCGAAGGAACUGCGCAUGCAUUCCUUUGCCCAAACAUUAACCUCCUCUAGUCUGCAUGACGCUAUUUUUACCUUAGCCAAUGACACCAUAGUGCUACGUACUGGUCAUCAAAACUUCGGCGACGCGUGUCGGACAAGUCGACUGCCAUGAGCAUUCGAGUGUACAACAAGGACCAGUUUGAGGCCUUGCAGCAAAAUGCACUCAACAACUCAAAGAGUCCAACCAGCGAGAAGCAGCGGACGCCGCGCUCGUCAUCUGUGGGAGGUGGCAGCGGUGGGUAUCCGCACUCUGCCAAGACGUCCGACUUGUCCACCAACACACGGCAGGUACGACGACGACGGUGCUCUGCAUUCCUCAGUGUAGCGAGCGUAGAAACGGCUCAUGAUGAAACACGAGCUGUACAAGAAAGAUCAAGAGGACGUCCAAAAGCAAAUCCAAGUCAACAUCGCCGACUCGCUCACGAAACAGCGAAAUAAACGCGAAGCCAACUAUGUCAAGUUGCGUCGCGAUAUUGACGAAGGCAAAAGCUUGGCAGAGGAGCUUGAGGAGCGACUAUCGCUCAAAGAAGAGACGGCCAAGCGGCAGAAGCAGCGUUUAUACGACGAAUGGAGCGAAAAGGUGUUCAACAAGAUCAACGGUCCCAUCAACGACCGCGUCAAGGCCAUGGAUGCCAAAGCACUCAACUUGCACAAGCAAGAAGCGUACCAGCACUUCUUGGACACGGCCAACAAGAAGGGAUGCCUCUUCCGAGACAUCAUCAUUGAGAGCGAGUACGACCCCCUGCAUGACAACAAGUCCAUUCGACACGUCACACACGUGGACGACCCGUGUUGCCGGGUGAUCAAGCACCGUGAAGAGGAGGAGGCGAUCGCGAACGAAGGAAAGAAAGUCUUAGACGACUCGAUGGAGCCACGUGGCACUGGCACAGCGCCUUUGAUCCUUGGGCGGUGCGACAACCUCGACACGAAGCUGUGGGCCAGCGGCAUUUUCGAAUCGACGCCGUACGGGUACUUCAACAAGAUGAUGGCGAGCACCAUCAGCGCCGAAUCGUCCAAGACAUACGAGUCCCGCGUCAAGUUUGACCAUUACGACAUCGAGAAGGGCCUUGGCACGCUGAACAAGGAGUUCCCCAAAGGCAAGCAGACCACCUUCAACGGUGUCAGCGGGUUGAAGUCCAAGGACCAAGUACGCCUGGGAUAGGCACCAGUGGAAGUCUUAGCCUGUAGAGGAUCGUAGCGUGCCUACAGUAACCUGUCCAUGCUGCAAUUGCCAUUGUGAUGACCUUGGCGCGGAAAUUUGAAAAACCUCUACAAAACAAUAUUAAGUAUGGCAGACCAA